UAGUUUCGUUGAGGUAAAUUCUGUGAAGAGGUAAGUUUAUUUCUUUGAAUAAAAUAUUAGGGAAUUUCGUUGCAUCGAUAUUGCAGGUGUAAUCACGCGAGGAUGUAACACAGCGACUAUGAUCGUUAAUAAAAGCGCAUAUGUUGUCACGCGGUGUAUUGGUAUCAAAUAAAAGUAAUCUUGGUACACUUCAAGAUGCACGAGCGAUUGCUGUUCACCGAGGUAUACGGGAACGAGAAAGAGAGGUUCAUUGUCAAAUCCAAAGACGAGCAAUCGAUAACCGAACUGUUAUCAGACACAACUAGAACGAAGCCUUUUUAUUCUGGUUUCGUAUCGAUUCUGAAAGAGGUAUUUUUACCUCAAGGAUAUCCCGAUAGUGUUCACCCUGAUUACACUGCUUAUCAAAUAUGGGACACUGUACAGGCAUUUGCAAGUACCAUCAUGGGUACUUUGACAACACAUUCCAUUAUGCAAGGGGUAGGUGUAGGUGAACCAGCAGCAACUCCACUAGCAGCAGCGAUAACAUGGAUUCUUAAAGAUGGAACAGGAAUGAUUGGUCGUAUUGUAUUCGCAUGGUGGAAUGGGACAGAUUUAGAUGGACAAUGCAAAAAAUGGAGAUUGUUUGCUGACAUUCUUAAUGAUGUAGCAAUGGGACUAGAAUUACUCUUACCUUAUUACUCUUCUUAUUCGCUUGCAAUAUUGUGCGUUUCCACAGCAAUGAAAUCGAUUGUAGGUGUUGCUGGUGGAGCUACAAGAGCAGCUGUUACUCAACAUCAGGCAUUGCAAAAUAAUUUGGCAGAUGUAUCGGCUAAAGAUGGAAGUCAAGAAACUUGUGUAAAUUUGAUAGCAUCUUUAGUUGGAAUUUUAAUACUCUCCAUCUUUCAUAAUGGCCGGUACAUAAUGGAACUAUAUUUCUUCCUGAUAAUAGUACACUUAUAUGCAAAUUACUCGGCUGUGAAGUCACUAUGUUUAAAUUCGUUAAACGAAGAUCGUUUAGCUUUAAUAGUAAAAAGUUAUAUUACGAACGAAGUCAUUCCUGAACCAGAAGAAGUUAAUAAAAAGGAGUCAGUGCUGUUGCUCACAAAACCUACAAUGAGUAUAUAUGGAUUCAAUAUAAAAAUGGGUGUGUCCCUUGCUGCUCUGAUAAAAAAUAAUAUUAUUUCAACGAGUGACACCGAACUAUCGUUAAAACUUUUCUUAGAUAGAAAAUAUUUGAUUUCUAUUGAUGUACAGAAUAAAACUAUUUUUAUAUGUUUUAAAAAAGAUGCGCAACCCUGUGAUGUUUUGGAAGCAUAUUUUCAUGCUUGUCUUUGUGGCUUAUUUAUUUGUAUGUCCCUGAGAGUGCCACUUGAUCUUUUCUUAAAACCGGAAGUAAGCGACAUGUCGUAUCCUUUAAUGCGUCUUUACGUACUUCACAAAAAGUAUUCUACAGUAAAUAAUGGUGUGCAUUCGUCGAAAUCCAUAGAGAGCAUUUACGCUACGAACUUGUUAAUUUCUUGUGAAUACAAAGCAUUUAUUAGUGGCCUUGAAAGUAAAGGAUGGAUGACAGAAAAUAAUCUGUUACCUGUAGCAGGCUGGAGAUUUUUAUAAAAAUCAGAAAAAUACGGUAAAAUCGAAAAGCAUUAAACA